AUGCAGUUCGCAACACUGUUGAGCACUCUCAUUUCCGUCUAUUUUAUCAUCGCCAAGGUCCAAGCCAUGAAGUUGGUGCUCUACAGCACUCGUGGUGUGACUCGCGAAUUCAAUAUUGACGCGGUAGUUCAGCGGUGCUACAACAUCUACGACUGCUUCAAAGGACCAAGCUUGUCGGCGACUUGGAACGACGUGAAAAGCCACACGAACGUGGUCUUUUACAGCAACGCGAAUUGCCAGAAACACAAGGCUGUUGGAAAAGGAACUCCGGACGGCGCACUUUCCUUCUCCGAUGCCAAGUUUGCCCAUACUGCGGCUGCCUUCAUGAUAUGGGAGAGCGGGCAGUAUGCAACUGGCGGUAUUGAAGACGCAUGUUUCCUGGACGAAUCUGCUAUGGUGAACACUACCAACACCUUGUCGGCCUAA